AGGUAUUGUAAAUAAGCCUAUCUCUUUUUGGAAUUUUUUGUAUACUUUUGAUAUAAUUUUUUUAAUGGAAACGUGGUGGGAUGGCAGGUCUGCUAUUCCCAAUUUGCAAAAUAUGGAUAAAUUUUCUGUUUUUUCGGAGGCAGGUUAUCGAGAGGCUGAUAGAGGUCGCUGUAUUGGUGGCUGGUUGUUGUUAUUGUCUAACUCUUGGAAAGUAAAUAUCUUGGAAAAAGAUAGGCAUUGGAUUGUUGUGGAAUUGUCUAUAGGGCCUAUAGUAAUUUCUUUCUGUUUUAUGUAUAUAAGACCUGUAUUAUGGAAUUCUAUUUGGACAGAGGUAGCUAGGUUGGUUAAUUGUUAUAAGAUAGACUUUUUAAUUGGUGAUUUUAAUGCUCGCAUUGGAGUAGAACUGCAGGAAUGGAUUUAUGAAAGUAAUGAGAAUAUUGAUCAGGAUUGGAUGUUGAGGUCAUCAAAAGAUACAGUAUUAAAUAAUCGUGGAAAAUUGGUGUUAGAUUUUUGUGAAGAGGCGGGAUAUAUUGUUUUAAAUGGUAGAGGCUCAUCUAUAUCUAAAGGUUAUUAUACAUAUGUGAGUGAUAUAGGCUCCUCUGUAAUUGAUUUGGCUUUGGUUAAGUUAAAUAGAUUAUCUAUUGUAACAAGUUUUUCUGUAUUAGAUAAAGUGUAUAGUAAUCAUUUUCCGAUAAGUGUAGUCUUAGAUUGUAAAUCUAAGAAGGAAAUUCGAAAAUCAUUUAAGAAGUAUAAGAGUAAGAGUGAGAGAAUUUUUUGGAGGGAAGAAGGUAGUGAGAAGAUAAAUUAUAAGUAUAGGAAACUAUUAGGUGCGAUUCAGAGUCAGUCAGUAUUAACGUUGGAAGGUUUAACUCAUUUAAUUAAAUCUUCGUUUUCAGAUUGGUGUCAAAGGCCAAUUGGAUUUUCCAAUUUUGUGUGGUUUGAUAUGGAUUGUAAGUUGAGUAUUGCAAGAAGAAAUCAGGCGUUGAAUAGGAUGAGAUGAUCAAAGCGUGGAAAUAGUGUUGCAGUUAAGAAUUUUGUUAAAGAACGUAAUGUGACUCGCAAUUUAUGUAGAGCAAAGAAAAAGCUUUUUUUGCAGAAGAUCAAUAAGAAUUUGGCGUCUGGUGAUAGUAAGCAGUUCUGGCGAUUUAUUAAUUUCUUUGUUAAGAGUAAAUACAGGGAGCUUCCAGAUCUUGAUUGGGACGAGCUGUUGGAUACGGAGAUAACAGAACAGGAAGUCAAAAAGAUUCUAGCUUCUAUGAAAAAUGGUACUGCUCCAGGUAUUGAUGGGAUACCGGUGGAACUAUAUAAGAAUUUCCCAGAUCUGAUUGGAUAUAUGGUAGGUCUGUUUAACAAUGUUUAUCAAUCAGGGAUGAUUCCUUUAGACUGGCGCAUAUGUAAGAUUAUUCCUAUAU